AUGAAUCGCAAAUUGCAGCUAACUGUUGCAGGAGUGCUGCUGCUAUUGGCGAUUGUGGGGGUUAUCGUGGCAUCAGUAGGAUACUCAACAUCUUGGGGAAUAUUUGUCUUGUUUCCAUACGUGAUGCUGCCAAUGACAGCAGCAAUUUUUUCGACGAUGUCGACGGGAGAUGGUCUCAGUGCCUGGAUUAGCUUUGGCUGUGUCUUCGAAGCCAUUUUGUGGAUUUCUACGCUUGCAAUCCCAUCAAUUCUGUAUCGAGUUGAUGCGAUCAACGAAUACCAACUUGGCUGGUUACUUGCUUCUGAUGUGCUAGUAUUUGCGUCAUUUAUGAGUUUAGCAUUGAUAAAUGGACAUUGA